CAUAUACGCAAACCGCUUGUUAAUUGGGUUGUUAAUUAAUCAGAAACCUUUAAAAUGUGACCAGUACACAAAAGACGGAAACCAGGCACGGUUUGACAAGGAAAGCUCACUUGUGUUUUCAGCUCAGCUUCACGAUGUAAUCACAUCGGACAUCAACUGUAUGUUUACUUGGAGAAAAUCUGACCUCUGUAAAGUUGUGAUAACAUGAGUAUGAUACGACCUCGGAGUGUCCGUCACACAUUGAUACAUGUCAUUAGUCCCACGGGAUGAGCCGCGCAGCUCGAGUGAAGGUGUUACUGAUCGGCGAUACAGCAGUCGGGAAAACGUCUGUUCUAGUCAGAUUCACCAAGGAAACCUUCGAUCCCAAUUUUAUCGCCACCAUAGGUAUUGAUUUUAAAAUUAGGACAAUAGAAUUAGAUGGUAAAAAAAUCAAGUUACAGAUAUGGGACACUGCCGGACAGGAGAGGUUCCGAACCAUUACAACAGCAUACUACAGAGGGGCUAUGGGAAUUAUGUUAGUUUAUGACAUCACGAACGAGAAAUCAUUUGAAAACAUCCGUAAUUGGAUUCGCAAUAUUGAAGAGCAUGCCUCACAAGAUGUUGACAAGAUGAUCCUAGGUAACAAAUGUGACAUGAAUGAUAAAAGGGUGGUCUCCAAGGAGAAGGGGGAGGCGCUGGCAAUAGAACAUGGAAUCAAGUUUAUGGAGACGAGUGCCAAGGCCAGCAUUAACGUAGAGGAGGCUUUCUUCACGCUGGCUAGGGACAUCAAGGCAAAGAUGGACCGAAAAUUGGAAUCCUCAAAUGCACAAGCAAAAAAUGCAGCUGGAAUAACACCAGGAAAAACACAGGCCAAGAAGUCAGGGUGGAGGUGUACAAUAUUGUGAUGUCACUGGUUAGUGUGAUAGUGUUAAGUAAAAACUGACAUUUAAUCGACUGUUAAUGAGACAAUUGAGACGGAGAAAACGGUUGGUCAAUUAUGAACAUGUGAUAUUGAACCCAGUCAUAUGAAGGGGACAGUGUCUAGCAUAAUCCAGGACAACAUGACUGUGUGAUUUUACAUCAUCUACCAGAUUGCUGUAUAUUUUUGCUUGUUCAUCAGGAAAAGAUUUUGGUUAACACCCCUGUUUAUAUUUGUAUUCUUAAUUAUGUCAAGUGUACGUCGUCGUGACAUACCCAGUGCAUGAUGCACUGUGUUGAUGCUGACUCUGUAGAAUGUCUGACUAUGACAGGUCUGCUGUAUAUUCAAGUUUAUAAAACAGGUACGUUUGUAUAUCACAUGUCUUCAUGUAUAUGCAAAAUGGAAGUUAAAAUUAUUAAACUCAGUAAGUUAAUUUUUUUCGUUAUCAUUAACAAAUAUUUUGUACCUUUUUUUUGGAAUUUUUUUCCCAUUGUCAGAAAAAAGAUCGUUUUUUUCCCUUCACAAUGUACUUGAAUUUUUGAACUGUACAAAUAAUGUACAUGUCAUUAUUAUACUUAUUUCUUCUCAAUAAUGGCACAGGAACUUACUUUUUAAAAAGAAGUAUAAAUGGAUGUGAUAGUUAUUAUUCUGUUCAUGAUGUAACUGUCAUGACGUUCAUGCGAAAUUGUAGAUGAAUUUUUGUGAUUUGAUUGGUUAACGUCUUCAGGUCACGUGAUAGUGAUUCUGCCAUGGACAGGUCAUGAUCUGAUUGCUCAUCAGGCACCGUGAUGUCAUACAUUUUGUGGCCUUUAUGAUGUAGACCUUUUCUGUGUACUUCUCAUUACACCUGUACAUAAUGAGGACUGUUGGGGAUCCUGUAAGACAUUGAGGUAAUAAAUGACUGCAUCUGGAGGUCGUUUCUCUAUAGAAACAUGAACGAUCAUAAUCUUGUUUGACUUGUUCCUCUAUUGAAAUGCUCUGUAAAGAUGGAUGAACAUCAUGUUGCUUUUUUACGUAAAAAUGAAUACAUCAAAAUAAAUAUUUAAAGAAAA